CACCUUUCGGAAAGAAAGACACAUGUAACACGUUUCCAAAAACAUGAAAGGGACAUCCACAACAAGCAGCCUCUCCAGAUACCUCGACGGACAAUUCUGUGAUUUCAAGAACCGCCUCCGAGAAGAAAUAAGCCAAUGCGAGCACUUCCAAUCUAGCAGCUAUGACCUCACGCUGGACGAGACGAGAGACCUGACCGCUGCGCGACUGCACUUUGUGCUACAACUCCCCGAAAUACGCCGUCACCUGAAAGAUCUGGCGAAAGACCGACAGAAGGAAUACAUAUGCAGGAGUCUGGGGAUUACUGAAGUGGUCUGCACUGCUGAUCUAGCCACUGGAGUAAAGGUUGGGGUGGUGUGCGGGCUGUAUGGGGGUGCCAUCACUAACCUGGGGAGCCCGGAGCAGACGGAGAAGUGGUACCUGCCCGUUACGGAGGGGGAAUUCACGGGGAUGUUCGCCAUGACAGAGCGAGGACAUGGGAGCAACGUACGCGGGAUUCUCACAGAGGCGCGAUAUGACCCUGUGUCACAGGAGUUCGUCAUAAACAUGCCCUGCAAGGACGCCUGGAAGAUGUACAUCGGGAAUGCCAUGAUGGGGAACUACGCCUGCGUGUUCGCCCAGCUCAUCGCCAGCGGGGUGUCCCACGGUCCCCACUGCUUCAUUGUGCCCAUCAGAGACCAGCAGGGGGCGCUUUAUCCAGGGGUGCAGGCCAUCGACAUGAAGCACAAAGAGGGCCUGCAUGGGGUGGAUAAUGGAAUCUUAGUGUUUAACAACGUCAGGAUCCCAAGAGGGAACCUUCUGAGCAAGUUUGGCUGGGUGUCUCCGGACGGGGCGUACCACUCUCCCAUCCAGAGUAAGAGCCAGCGCUUCAAGGCCAUGCUGGCGGCCCUCACCCCCACCCGCCUGGGCCUCACCGUGCAGGCCAUGGCUGCCAUGAAAUUGGGCCUGAUCAUUGCAGUGCGCUACAGUCACAGUCGCAGGCAGUUUGGGCCAACGGACCAGGAGGAGGUGAAGAUCAUCGAGCACCAGACCCAGUACCUGCGGCUAAUGCCUCACCUGGCCGCCGCCCUGGCUCUCACCUUCACCACCAGGUUCGCAGCGGCGGUGCUGGACGAGGCCCGGUUCCUCGGGACGGAUCUGAUGAGCAGCCGAAGUCUGCAGGCACUGAUCACCGGGCUGAAGGCCUACAGCACCUGGGAGAACCUGGCCUGCCUGCAGGACUGCCGCGAGUGCACCGGGGGAAUGGGCUAUAUGAUGGAGAACCGCAUCCCUUCGCUCAAGUGCGACUCGGACGUCUUCGUCACAUUUGAGGGGGACAAUGUGGUGAUGCUGCAGGUGGUGGUGAGGGAGCUGCUGACUCAGUACACCAGGCAGUUUGAGUCCAGUGCCGUUUUCGGACUCCUGAAGCACUGGACCAGCUCAGCCUCCGACAGCCUCAGAACCAGUUUCCUGGGGUUCAGCGCAGAUAAAGUCGGGGACCUGGCCUUCCUGCUGAAGGCGGUGAGCUACAGGGAGAGGGUUCUACAGCGCUCUCUGGCUGCCAGGCUCUACUGCAAGGUUCAGAAGAAUAAGGUUGAGUUUUUCUGGGCCUGGAACUCCUGCCUGCAUCAUGUGACCAGCCUGGCCCUGGCACACAUACACAGAGUCACCCUGGAGCAGUUUGCAUCAGCAGUCCAGGCCUGCAAAGUGAAGGCUGAUCAGGCCCUGCUGACAAAGUUCUGCCUCCUGCAUGGCACCAGCCUGGUGUACCAGGAGAGAGCCUGGUACCUGGAGCACAGGUACCUCACACCCUCCACCAGCAGGACGAUCCGCACACAGCUGCUGGAGCUGUGUAAGUCGGUGAAGGACGAGGCUUUGAAAGUCGUUUCCGACUUCAACAUUCCGUCGUGCUGCAUCCAGGCCCCUAUCGCUGGAGUAGCCAAUCCCAGAGCAGAAUGGGGCUUCUACCCCACCCCCCAACAGCCCACGCAGGGCCUCCCCAAGACCCCAUCUAAACUCUGAGACCACCCCCCCCAGACCCUGCCUAAACUCUGAGACCACGCCCCCAGACCCUGCCUAAACUCUGAGACCACCCCCCCAGACCCUGCCUAAACUCUGAGACCACCCCCCCAGACCCUGCCUAAACUCUGAGACCACCCCCCCAGACCCUGCCUAAACUCUGAGACCACCCCCCCCAGACCCUGCCUAAACUCUGAGACCACGCCCCCAGACCCUGCCUAAACUCUGA